ACAGACACACACAGACACACACACAUCCUCCUCCUCGUCAGUGGUGUUUUGUAUUCCUGGUGCUGUUUCUGAGUUUGGACUGUGAGACUCGUCGUCUGACUUCAUCUCAUCACUGCUGUUGAAUCCAUCAUGCCACCAACACAUCGCCAGUGCAGCAUUGAGAUUGAGAAUAAGUGCUCUGGGUACACCCUGUGUAACCCACGUGUGCACACCGUCAGUGGAUUCUGUGAAACACCUUUGCCACCGACGCUUGGCCCUGCUGAAUCUGGCAGCGCUCUGUUCAUCAAGACUCCUCAGACAGCCUGUGGAUCUGUUGGAGUCUUCACCUACGAUCUCCUGAAUGGAUCCACAAAGCAAUACGAUGGAAAAAUAGCUGUCAUGUUCUCUAAUCCUUAUGAUUUCAACCUGUACUCUAACUGGUAUGCAGUGGGAGUCUUUGACAUGGGCAAAACAUGCGAUCCUGAUCUGUAUAAGGAGAUGUAUAAGAAUGCAGAGAAAGGGUUUGUCAGAGGUAAAGCUAAAGGUCCCAGUCUGACUCACACAAGUAAUCGUGUUACCAUCAGAGCCACCAUGUCAGACAGUUACCAACCUGUCAUCAAGGUGCAAGUUUGCAAAGUGUGAAGUGAGAAAACUGAAAUUUUAAGCAACCAGGGUUGGAAAUGAACGGGGGCUCGGGGUAAAACGCCCCUAAAAGAAUGUAAAGUUGCCUUUGAAUUGGGAUAACGGGGCUUUUAAAUGUAAAAUAACCAGUUAAACAAAGACUUGAUAUGUUUUAGAAAGUGUGUCCUGAUUUAGUUCCAAAGCUGUCAGAGUGCACGUUAUUUUAAACCACAGAGAACAGAACAUGAAGACAAUCAGCAACGUUGUUGAGAUGAUGAACUGUGACAUUACGUAAUGUUUGUUUAUUUUUUAUACUUUUGAUGAAAUGUGCAUUAAAUGGGUAUUUAAAUGUUCUUACAUUAUAAAUUUGGCUGCAACAUA